GCCCUGGCCGUGGGCAGCCGCUGGUGGUCCCGGUCGCUGACCGGGGCCCGGGGGCCAAGGCCGCUCUGUGCGGCAGGUGGAGCUGGGACCUUCCUACCAGCGGCGACCACGACGCGGAGGCACCUCUCGUCCCGAAACCGACCAGAGGGCAAAGUUUUGGAAACAGUUGGUGUGUUUGAGGUGCCAAAACAGAAUGGAAAAUACGAGACUGGGCAGCUUUUCCUUCACAGUGUUUUUGGCUACCGAGGUGUCGUCCUAUUUCCCUGGCAGGCCAGACUCUAUGACCGGGACGUGGCUUCUGCAGCUCCAGAAAAAGCAGAGAAUCCUGCUGGCCAUGGCUCUAAGGAGGUGAAAGGCAAAACUCACACUUACUAUCAGGUGCUGAUUGAUGCCCGAGACUGUCCACAUAUAUCUCAGAGAUCUCAGACAGAAGCUGUGACUUUCUUGGCUAACCAUGACGACAGCCGGGCCCUCUAUGCCAUCCCAGGACUGGACUAUGUCAGCCAUGAAGACAUCCUCCCCUACACCUCCACCGAUCAGGUUCCCAUACAGCAUGAGCUCUUUGAAAGAUUUCUUCUCUAUGACCAGACAAAAGCACCCCCUUUUGUGGCUCGAGAGACACUACGGGCCUGGCAAGAGAAGAAUCACCCCUGGCUAGAGCUCUCCGAUGUCCAUCGGGAAACAACCGAGAACAUCCGUGUCACUGUCAUCCCCUUCUACAUGGGCAUGAGGGAAGCCCAGAAUUCCCACGUCUACUGGUGGCGCUACUGUAUCCGCUUGGAGAACCUUGACAGUGACGUGGUACAGCUCCGGGAGCGACACUGGAGGAUAUUCAGUCUAUCUGGCACCUUGGAGACAGUGCGAGGCCGAGGGGUGGUGGGCAGGGAACCAGUGUUAUCCAAGGAGCAGCCUGCAUUCCAGUACAGCAGCCACGUCUCCCUACAAGCUUCCAGUGGGCAUAUGUGGGGUACGUUCCGCUUUGAGAGGCCUGAUGGCUCCCACUUUGAUGUCCGGAUCCCUCCCUUCUCCCUGGAAAGCAAUAAAGAUGAGAAGACACCACCCUCAGGCCUUCACUGGUAGGCCAGCUGAGGCCGAGUGGCCAGGCUCGGUUCCUGAAGAAUAGCACUCAUCCCACAGUUGCUGCAGAACUCUUCAUCAUGGGCCACAGUGGGUCUCUUAAUUGUCUGCACCAUUUGAAUAUGGGGUUCUUUUUUUGGUGAGUGGGCUAUAACUGUUUUCUCCAGAAGAUCCAUGUAGGACUCCUCCAAGGCUCACCUCCCCUGUAAGCCCAGCCUACAUUGUGUUCCAGUAGAGCUUUCCACCAGGACCUCUGUGUUCAGCUGCCACACGCCUGGAGUUUCCUGGUCUGUCACACAAGUUGUUUGGAACGUGAGGUUUGGUCAAUAAACCAGUGCACGCUUGGCCACCCUCGCUA